CGCUCAUUUCUCUAUAAUUGCUGGAGGAGCUACUUUCGAAGCAUAGUUUGUGUGACGAACCUGGAAAGCCUUCGAACAAAAAUCAUGUCUUUGAGAGCUGAAGACGUUGAAAUUGUCGAGAAAGCGGUGAAAGGGACACUUGAACAGCUUGAAAAAAAUUCUCCCGAGGAAUUCUCCAAGUUGAAAGCAGAUCCCGAAAAGGAGAAAGCCGUAAUAGAAGCAGCGCGAACAAUGGCGACAGAACACGUUAUACUGGCAAGAGAGUUUGUCGAUCAACCAAGUAACAUCGGAGAGCGACUGGCAAAGCAUUUGCCUGAAAGCAGAAUAAAGAUCAUACGUGAGGGUUUUAAUUUCCAGACAUUUCGAAUGGAGAUCAGCAAGGAAAGCGACGGAAAACACUGGGCAAAAMUUACCUCAGAAGGGAAACAGUAUGAGCCCAAAGCUCUUCUGGAAGCUGUUGACAUCGAUUGGUCAAAGCUUAAGCAAUACGCCAGUGUAUUGGUUGAAGCCAUUGUUCUUGUUCUGUCAGCAGUAGGGAUUUCACCAUCUCCAAGUUCAAAGGCAAUCGACAAAUCCAUUGAAGAGGCUGAAGAAGCAAUCAAGUCAUCGACAAAGCUGCAAAGGGCUUUGGAUGAAUUUGUUUCAGCCUGGAAAAAUGCCGGGGGAAGUGCAUCCAAGAAGGCUAAAGCGAUAUUUGUCCUCAUCGAAAACAGCUACGCCGAGGACAUUCUUUGGACAAUCAUUAAAUCCAUAUGCAGUGGAAUGUCUUGGUACGAUUGGUUGUUGACCGCUGCGAAAGUCACAGCUAUGAUCAUUGCAGCUCUGGCCACAGAAGGAGCAGCUUUGAUUGCAGAAAUUGCAUUGAUUGUUUUAGAUGCAGUCACCUUUGCAAGGAAAAUUGCCAACCUCAUUCAGCUUGAAACGAUCAAAACAACAAUGUAGAAAAUGAGCUAAAUUAUUAUUGAAAUCCAAAAGCCAUGCAAUCAAAAGUACAUUUUUUUAUAGCUUUUGAAAUUUAUUUGAUCUUUAGAACAGGUUCAUGCUGAGCGUGUCCGGACACACCUUAUCCAUUUUUUUUUAUCAUAAGAGGGUCUAACAUAUCGCGACUCACGUUUACACAAAUUACAUUUUUUCUACUCACGGUUAAUUGGUUUUGCUUUUAUUUUUCAAAUUACGUUAGUAAUUAUAACUAAGCAUUUUUGGAAAUUUUCUGCAUUAAAAUGUCUAAAAAAAGCAUGUUACGUUGAA